AUGCAUGACGAACAUCCCCAUCCGCUACUCGCACAAGUCCCGCUGACCGUGUCGCCGUUCCUGUCGCUCCCCACGGCCGUCCCGCUGCCGUACAGCUACAAGCCACUUCCGUCGACGCUGCCGCCGAGCAUCCUGACACCGCCGGUCACGGGGGUCUCGUCAAACGACACAUCGACGCCUCCGGUGCAGCAGCAGCAGCAGCAAGAUCAACAGCAGCAACAGCAACAACAACAGGUGCCGUAUGUGGUGUCUGGGUCGGGGACACGCGCACAUCCAGAUCAGAUACUGAGUUCAUGUACGGCGCUACAGGAGCACUUGCGGCGGCUGGAAGAGGAUGCGCGGCGGACGUUGAGCGAGUGGGAAGAGCGCAGACGGCAGGAGGAUUUGGCGGAGAAGAGGAGGGUUGCGCCCGGGUGGUUGGAUAGCGGGGUGCAUAUUCUGAGGCCCGAGGGUGUGGAUGAGCAGGGCAAGGAAGGGGGAAAAGGGAAGCAACAACAAGAGAAUUUGAUGGAUUUGGAUCCUCAGGCGGAGCGAAAGGCGAAAGAGGGCGAGGAGUUGGACAGGGUCUUUGGAGGACUCAAGGUCUGA